AUGGAGCGUGAUUUCGGGUGCAACCCCUACAGCGCGAGCUACCGCAACCUGGGGGUCGACGAGGAGGAGGAAGAGUAUGAUGCGAAGCCAAACUUGACCUCACUGAUUCUGACGGGAGGAGAGGAGGAUAGGCGGUCCGAACCUGAGGGCGAAGCGGCGGCGGCAAACUGCGUUGGCGCGGGAGAGCCGAGCUCCUCGAACGACGAAAACCAGGAGGGCGGCUGUGGGGGUGGCUUGGAGCCCCCGCAGCAGCAGGAGGAGCCGGCCCCUCUGGCCGUGCAGGGGCCACUGAUCGCUGAGAGGAAGCAGCGCCGCAACCGCACCGCAUUCACCCAGCUGCAGCUGCAGGAGCUGGAGGGCGUUUUCCAUCGCACUCAGUACCCCGACGUGUUCGAAAGAGAAGAGAUCGCUGGACGUCUGAAUUUGACUGAAGCCAGAGUGCAGGUCUGGUUUCAGAACAGAAGGGCCAAGUGGAGAAGACACCAGAGGGCCCUGAUGCUUAGAAAUCUGGCCCCCGUUGCCUUGGGGCCUCCUGUGGGAGUGAUCUUUGAUGGGCCCUAUCAUGCGAUCCCCAUUCUAGAGGCCGGGUGGAGAUGUGUUCCUCUGGUGCCCCGGGUGCUCAUGCCUCCUGGGCCACCCCUGCCACCUGUGCUCCCUGGGCCACCUCUGCCCCCGGGACCACCCAUGAUGCCUAUGCCACCUCUACCACCGGUACCUCCCUUUGCUCUGGCCCCUGUAGGCAUGGCAUGGGCCCCUGUCAUCAAUGGUCAUUUCGCAGGUCCCAUUUUCUGA